UUCCCCAAACUAACACCGCCGAAAUCGACAAAGGGUGGUGGUGGCGCAGGAGGAGGUGGAGGUGGAGGUGGGGGCGGCGGUAGCGGUAGCGGCAGUCAGCGCAAUAAUAAUAACAACAACAACAGCAGUAGUAGCAGCAGCAAUAAUAGUAAUGGCGUUGCUGAGGGCAGCAACAAAAUAGAAUACAACAACAACAAUAACAAUAGCAGAAAAAUGACAAACACCGGCUCAAAUGGCGGCGGUGGCAAUAGCACCUAUGAUUCCACAAAAAAUAUAACUUCUAACAACACCAGCAACAAGCAUCAGCAGCAAUACAGUGCAAGCAACGCUUUGCAUCAAGCGCUAAGCAUUGCUGAGUCGUCGACGGGGCGUGGUGGUGGUGGUGGCGGCAUGGGUGGUGGCAUGGGUGGCGGUGCCAGCACAUCGCUGCACAAUUCCGGCAUGAACUAUCAACUAAAUUCAAAUGAUAAUCAGCAGCAAUCACACCAUCAGAUCGCCUACGACAAGGAGAACCGAUGCCCACGCAACGACAGCCAGAACAGCAACAUGUCGAAUAUGCACGACGAUGAGCCGCAACAACAGCAGCAGCAUUACGAGCGCCAAGUUGGUGGCGGCAGCAAGAAACAUCGCACCAACUCCAAUUCGAAGGGCAACAAACCGCGUUUGAAGAAUAUUGGUGGCUCUUCGUCGGGCAGCGUGGAUGGUGGCAAUUCGAAUAGUAACAACACAUCGGGCUUCAUUUCAAGAGUUUUCAACAACUCAGAGAACUCGAGCGAACAAUUCACCGAUCAUGGCGGCACCGAUCUGUUCAGCUUCUUCAAGGAGACGCUCAAUAAGCAUCCAAAGGACAGACAUUUCCUGCUAAAAGUGGAAAAGGAUCUAACAGAAUUUGUGCAGGAAAAGAGCCGCGGUGAGUUGCGCUUCCCACCGGCUUCUUCGUACAACCGCAUGUUGAUACAUCGCACAGCGGCCUUCUUUGGCAUGGAGCACAAUGUCGAUACCGAGACACAGCAAUGCGUUAUUGUGGCAGCCACCAAAAACACACGCAUACCCGAGAUUCGCUUCAAAUCGUUGGUGCGCGAUCAUCGCGAGGAUUCACGCAAAUCAAUAUUGAAGCGCGAUACGCACAGUUUCGAUGAGGCACGUCAAAGUAGUUACCUGUGUCCGGAUCGUGGCAGCAUGCUUGAUCGCAAGGCAAAGAGUUUUGAAGAGCGCGAGGAGGACUAUGAACGCGCGCGCAGUCGCAUUUUCAAUCGCAGUCAAAAUGACAGUGGUGAGGGCAUGGACGAUGGCUACAUGAAUGUCAGCUGGACGCAAUCGGUGGAACAGCAACAGCAGCAGCAGCAGCAGCAACAACAACAUCAGCAAAAUCGGCCACGUCCCAAUGGCAAAAUGAUGAAAAUGCAGAAUUCAAAUGAUUCACGCGAUGGCCGUUCUGGCGGCGGCGCUGUACCCAAAGUGCACAACUACAAUAACUACGGAGGCGGACCAUCACAAGGUGGUGGCGGUGGUGGUGGGCCGCCUAUGAUGCGCGGCGACUCGGCAAACUCAAACAAAAACAGUGGUGGUGGUGGUGCGCGUUCAUUUUCUAAACAAGAUCCAGCUGGCAGCACAAAUACACCUUGGCGCUUGUCGCCCUCCAGCAGCGGUUCAAUCUAUCAUUUUGACCCAUCCAAUCUGCCACCUAACCAACAGCCAACAUACCAUCCAAAUCAAGGCAACAAUACCGCCAACUACGCACAACAGCAAUCGCCACCACAGCAGCUGCAAGCGCAGCCACAGCAACAACAAACGCUCGAUACCAAUAUAAAAAAGAAUAAAGGUACACAUCAGAUAUCAUCACCAUCACCUGUUGCAUCACCGGCCACAACACCAACACCGAUGCCACAGCAACAAAUUCACUGUAAGAACGUGCCAUGCAAUGAAAGUGUUGUUACCAUUCCGCUUGCUGAAUCUGUAUCUGAAUCCUCAACCCAGACGGUGGCUAUGUGCGGCGAUGUAAACUGCGAUGGAAUUGGCAUGGAAAUGGCAAUGAAUGCCACUGAAGAAGCGUCCACCCAAUUGAGUGCUGACGAGUGCGAUAACACAUCUGCCACUGGUUGUCUGAGCAUUACCACCACAACUUCCACCAAAAGUUAUGAUCGUAUCGAGGUGCAGAAAUUUAAAAAUCAAGCAACUAGCCCUAAUAUUCCAGCUGAAAAGGAGGAUUUGUCAAAGCGUGAAAAUUUAGUAGCAUCUUUAGAUGCCACAAACAUGCAAGCAGCAGCAACGCAGCCACCAGCACCACCACCACCACAAAGUCAAACGCCCACAAAUAGUGUCAACGUACCAUUGCAGCGUGAGACACCACAUUCUGCGCGCUCAACACCGUUCAGUACCAGCGAGUCAACAAGUCAACCGAAGAAUCGCGCUUCCGAAGAACCUAAACCCACUACGUGGACAUAUACGCAAAGUUACCAGGCACCAGACGGUUCCACGGUAUUUCAUACCACCACAACACCCAGUGGCACACCAUAUUGCACUACAACAUAUCAGCAGGGGCCUGAUGGUAGCGUUUAUGCCAUUCCACAGGGCAUGGUUUAUGCCUAUCCGCCGCCAGUUGUAAGCCACGCACCGCAGAAACAGUUGAAAUGUCCAUUCAAUUCGUUGUCUGUUUUGCAGGAGGGUGAAGUGCAGAGCUAUUUUAUGCCUGUAUUUGAUCCAAAUCAGCCCCGUACCGAUGCCACCGGUCUCAUACAAGCUGGAGCACAGGCCAUAUAUCCGACUGCAGCUGCAGCAGCGGCCGGAAGUACAGCUACAAUGGUACCAGUCGCAGCCGCAUAUCCGACCGCACAAUUUGCCACCGCCAAUGGUACGCCCAUCUACGCUCCGGGUCAAUUGAUAUAUUCGAGCGAUCAAUUUGCAGCAGCAAGUGCGGCGACAGUUGCUGCAGCAGCACCGGCGAAUGGACAACUGCAACAGAUACCGAUGACCACCUAUCCAAUCGGAUAUCCGUAUGCCUAUAAUGGUUACUGGAGUCAACCGAUGACCUACUAUGUGCCACAACAAGCGCUCACCAAUGCAGUUACAGCCACUCCGCUCUUACCAGCACCGCCACAGCCACAACCCCCUACAACAGCAACCGCCCAAUCUGUGGCCGGACCACACAUCACUAGCGGUAUAAAUAUCGCGAAUGGCCUUGUUGCAGCCACACCGGCGGCUGGACCGUCGUCGAACACCACCGUAGGGUCAUUAGGCAAGAGUAGCCAUCUUGGCGGCAUUCAUACAAGUGGAAAUCACGGUGUUGGUGCAUCUGCAUCCACAAACAGCUAUCAGACGCAUAGCGGUACGACGUACUUUGGUACGGGGCGUGUUAAGCGGCCGACUUCCUCGCAUUACGCCAGCCACCAAAACAGCGGCCAUCAACUGGUUACGGCAGCUAUCCCCAGCAACGGCAAUGCAACUACCACAUAUCAAUUAGGACACGCAGUACCCACACUUACAUUGGCGCAUGCACCGGGUGGUGCAGCAGCAGCAGCAGCCGCCGCCGCUGCGGCAGCAGCAGCUGUGAAUACAUCAACUGAUCUCAGCAUUGGCAGCGGAGCAGCUCCAGCCACAACCAUGUAUACGUUGCCUCAACAUGCGGCGCUCCUGCAUGCGAAUAUAUUUCCAUAUGCGCCCGCCGCCGCUGCCGCAGGAGCAGCUGCAGGCAUUGCCGCUGGCACACCACAAGUGCACACACCUGGCGCUCCACCAACGGCGGCAGCACAAUUAGCUGCCACCGGAUUGACUGGCACAGCGGCUCAUGCACAACAAACAAAUGCUGUGAUCACCCCAUUCUAUGCUCAUCACCCGCCCAUGACAGCUGCCACACAUCCCUCACAUGGCAGCACCGUGCAUACGCCCGGGCCGGCUGCCAUACCGAUUGUCGAUCCCAGCACGCUCACGGCCAUCUCGCACAACACCAGCGGUGCAAGCAGCACGAAUAAUGUAACGCCAGUGUACAGCGGCGGUGGUGGCGGAAGCGCUUCACAAUCGGCGCCCAGCACGCCACACUCUGUACCUAAUCAAACAGCACAGCGCAAUCCGCCACUCUUCUCCACACCGCCUAUUUUGAACUCGAAUGGCGGCAGCAAUAGUGGUGGCUACAGUGGCAGCUCUACACCACAGUAUUACACCGUGACCAGUGGACCAGACGGCAGUACAACGCUUAUGAGCAGCCCACAUGGCAGCUCUUAUGUGCAACACGAUAAACGCAACAACAAUACAAAUAUGGGUGGCAGCAAAAAACCACCGGCGUAUCCAAGCAACUCGCUAAGUCGGCAAAAUUCUACAUCCUAUAAUGGCGCCUCAAAUGGCACCCCUCUACUAAGCGGCAACAAUGAUACGCGCGCCUCUCCCGGCAGCAGCAGCGGCGGCUAUCAGGGCUCACGUCCGCAUAGCAUGAACAAGCGUGGUGGAGGCGAUAAACCGCAGACACCGCUGCUUAGUGGUCCACCUAGCUAUGGCAGCGGUCCAACCGUGUCUGCUAUGAGCAGCAAUAACAAUAGCGGCUAUCACGUGCACCACAACAACUCACCAUCAGAUGCCAAGCCGCCUAUCCGAUUGAAUGCGGGAGCAGCUACCUUCCGGCAAAAGGGUAGCGGCGGAGUGGCUUAUGAAUUUCGACGCAGCGCUUCGCAACGUAACUCGCCAGGUACUGGGAACUCAAGUAGCAACGACAAUAGCAAUAAUACAUCACCGAACAGUAUAGUCGGAUCGAGUGGGGGCGGUGUCGGUGGUGGUGCGAACACACCCAAUUGCUAUGCCACUGGUGGCUAUGUGAACACUGGCAUCGGCAUAGCUGGCGGCACUAUGGUCGCUGGUGGUGGCGAUCAUCAAGAUGCAACAGCAACUGGCACACCAUUGUACAUUGCGCCAGCACGUGGCGCACACAUUCCACCACAACUGCAACACGGUGGUAUGGUGGCGGCCGCUGCUGCUGGCGGCACGGCAGCCGGACUGGCGGGUACACAACAGGCCACCACAGCUGCAGUGUUAGGUGGCGCCGCGGCAGCAGAAGUGGCGAAUGCGGCUGCAGCGGCCGUGGCGGCGACAGUGGCGCAUCAUCAACCGCUUUUGAGCGCUUAUCAGCCAGGUGCAUCGGGCGUUUACAUCAAGUAUGGCCAAACUUAUUUUGCACACCCCUCAGUCGCUUUACCGAACAGCCGCCGCUCACCCUCAACAGAGUUGCGACCUGCAAUGGCGCCCGUUGCUGGCAUGUAUCCAACUGUCAAUAUGAUGAUACCAGCUGCUCCACGACAUACGCAAGGGCGUCAUCCGAAUCCCAACUAUAAGGGUACGCGGCCACGUUAAAUGCAGCUGUACACUGUCCAGCAGCAGUCACAAAAAAUAUGAAAAAUCAGUGCUAACUGUGUCAAAACAACACUAAAAGAGCAACUGAACAGGAGGAAUAUGCAAACGAUGACGCUAUACCAAAACCUAAAACUAAGUUUAAGCUAAAAAUACCCUAACCUAGUGAAACAUAUGCGUAGAUAAACAAUAAUUUAAACAAAAGAAGAAACAAAAAAAUAACAGAGCAUAUUAGUGAAAACGAAGACAUAAGAGACAACAAUAGAAACAAACGAGUUAGGCGGAAGCAAAAAAAAUAAACAGAAAUAAUCAGAUAACGACAAUUCGUGGCAAAUACCUUACCUACAUACAUACAUUUAGAGUUAGUUAAGUAACUGCAACAGGACAAAGGAGCGAAAUUUUGAAACACAAAAAAAAAAUAAUAUUUUCCGGGCCAUUUUACAGAAAAAAAAAUAUUUGAAAAAGAUUAGAAACAUCCACAAUUUUGGCAUUACACAAGUAGAAUCGACGAAUCAGUUACGAAAAUCAAAUCAACCAAUUGCAUCCAUACAUAUGUACGUAUGUAGACAGAUAGAAAACCUACCUAAACUCAACAGCAAUAGCCAAUUUGAAAGUACAGCAAUGCAUCAUA